AUGGGUUAAGAAUUUUAUAAUAUGUAAAAUAUUAAAAAGCAAAAAUCUAUUUUUGAUUAGACAUUUAGUUAAAGAGCAACAACUACAGCAGAAUCAAGAAGGACUUGCAAAAUUCCUAUACAAAUUAUUGAUUUUAAAAAUAAAUUUGAAACCUAUCUGUCUGGAUAAACGACAUGCGUAGAUGUUAUUAAAUAUAACAACAGCUUGCCAACAAAAAAGUAUAGAAAUGUAUAAUCAAUUAUUAUAUUCAGAGUCUUUUCGCCAAAAGAAAAACUCUUCAUGUUGGAAAUACAAUGACAUAAUAAGAACAAAUUAUCGAUUACAACAACAUCAAAGAAUUUAUUGUUGAUCAUGAUUAAAACUACACUGAAAUCAAGAAAACUCUCAAUACUUAUCCUUCUCUAUCAGAACGAAAAUCUUCUAAAUAAGGAUUGAGAACUUAUAUUAAAAGUGAUUAUUAGGAAAAUAAACGAUUAAAUCAUUUGAAUCUAAUAGCAGAAGAUUAUCGAUCACGAAUUAAAAAUAAUAAUUUAGUGUCUAGUCCUGAUCAAUUGAGUACGAUAUUAUUUUAUAGUAGUAUUCAAGAAUAAAAUAAAAGCUAGAACUAAGCAUAUGGCAUUAAUAAGGUAUUAAUUUAAUGUUCAAUAGACCUAAAUUGGAUUCAGCAAACAUGUAAUCUCGAAUUAAGUAAUUAAAACUAGAAAAUGGAAUAAAAUAGCCAAUAGUAGAUGUUUAUUAAAAAGUAAACAAAGAUAAUUAAAAAUAUAAGUUAUUUCGAGCUACAUCUGAUCAUUUUAUAGACGCGUUAAAUUUAAAUUGUAAUGUGAAAACCUCUGAGUUGGAAAAAAUAGGAGAAUUGGAUUUCUAUGAGUAAUGGAAUUUAAUAAAUAAAAUUUAGAUUAAAUAAAAAUAAAAAUGCUGUGUCAGAUAGACAAAAUUUAAAACCCUCUUUAUUAAAUGGGAAUAUAAAAUAGUUGAAACAUAAUAAAAAUUGUCCUACAAAUCAAGUUGAUGAUUGCGUCUUAGAUGAAUCUAUAAUUUCAGAGACAGAAGGUUUUCUUUUAUGAUAUAUUAAGCUAAAUUAAAUAUCUUUUAUGGUUUAAGCAAAGAUUUCUAGAAAAAAAUGAUGAAUCGAAAUGAGAAUCCAAAUAAAAUAGUAAAUAUCAUAUCCAAAAUUGACUAAAUUAGGGACAACAUCUAUUAAGUCAAUAAAAAUAAAUUAUAUUGUGAUUGA